AUGAGAGCGGAUUUAGGAUGCUACCAAGGUGCCGACUUCCCGUCACGUGAUGACCCUCAGAUUCACUCGCCAAAUAUCGACGCUCUAGCGCGGAAAAGUCUCCUUUUGAAAAAGGCGUACGUACAGCAGGCGAUUUGUAGCCCGAGCCGAACGUCAUUCCUAACGUCACGGCGACCGGAUACAACGCAUGUUUACGACCUACAAACCUACUUCCGCACGGCAACCGCGAACUUCACGACUAUACCGCAGUACUUCAAAAACCACGGAAGAAUAACCGCCGGUAUGGGUAAAAUAUUCCACCCGGUACAUGAUAGUCACGAGGAUUACCCAUUUUCGUGGACGGAGCCGUACGUCCAGCCGCGACCAUCGAGCUACGAAGCAAGCAAAAUCAGUUAUAUGUACGUAAACGAUUCCCAACUAGCAGAUGACCCUCUUAUGGAUUACAAAAUCGCACAGGCUGCCGUGAGCGCUCUGCAGAACUUUGCAACAGGUGGCAAAUAUGCGGACCGUCCGUUCUUUCUCGCAGUAGGUUUUGCUAGGCCACAUUUGCCGUUUGUGUCGCCGGAAGCGUUUACGAAAUUCUACCCUGAUAUUUCAAUUAUCCUCCCGAGAAAUCCUUACGCACCGACCAACAUGCCGGACCCCGCUUGGUGGAAAAGUUUAGAGUUGAUCACUGGUUACACGGACAUUGCAGCCUUGAACUUCCACGGGCUAGUCAAUGAGACGUUGCCGCCUAGUAUCGCGCGCGAGUUGAGAAGAGCGUACUUUUCAGCGAUAUCGUGGGUCGAUUCGUUAGUUGGCGUCGUUUUAAAUGAACUGGAACGCUUAGGGCUUUCCAAUGACACUGUUGUUUCUCUUCUCGGCGAUCACGGAUACCACCUCGGGGAGCACGGCAUUUGGACGAAGCAUACAAAUUUCGAGGUAGCCACGCAUGCGCCGAUGAUGGUUCGGAUCCCCGGCCUCACCGACAACGGAAUCAUAACGGAUCGCCUAGUGGAAUUUGUGGACUUGUUUCCAACGCUUGUGGACGCGGUCGGUUUACCGCCGGUUCCCGUCUGCCCCGAGAAUUCACAAAACGUGCUCUCUUGUACGGAAGGUGUGAGCUUUAUGCCGCUGUUUCAUAACGCAACAAUGACGUGGAAACCCUCUGUGUUUUCGCAGUACCCGCGCGCAAUGCAACACGUACCCAUCAUGGGAUACUCACUGCGUUCGGAUCGUUACCGGUAUACGGAGUGGGUCGCAUUCUCGUACCGGACCCACAAGCCAGAUUGGACCAGAAAUUACGGCACGGAACUGUAUGACCACCAGACGGACCCCGACGAGAACUACAACAUGGCGUCCGACCAAGCGUUUGCAGACCUGGCGAGAAGCCUGUCCACGCGUCUGCACGCAGGCUGGCGCCAAGCAAGUCCGUCCACGCAAGCCAGUCCGUCCAUCAAUAACCCAAGUAUAAUUGGGUGA